UUGAUCACCGUUUCCUUGACCCAUGCGAGGGAAUUUCUCUGCAUGAUGAACGAAGGCCACCCGGAGUAUGGUUGCUUCAUAUCGAAAGAAAAAACGAUGACGAACUUUGACUAUGGUCAUCACGUUUUGAAUGUGACUAAUCCUCAUCAACAAUGUAAGCGAGCACAUCCUGUCCAUCUUCGUGUUUUUCUCAAACUUUCCUAG